AUGGCUUCAAUCUCUUCUGUUUUACGAACCACCCUGACAGUGAUUAUAGUGCUGGCUGGAAUCCUAGUUCUGUUUUUAAUGUACUAUAAUUCUUUGCCAUCUCCAAAAUGUCAUCCUCCCCCGGGUCAUUCACAGAAACAACACACAGACAAGCCUAUAUUGCUGCUGUGGUUCUGGCCUGAAAACAAAAGGUUUGAUUUUCAAGACUGUAAGACGCUAUUCAAAAUUGACGACUGCCACCUCACAGAUGAUAGAUCGUUAUACUCCAAAGCUCAUGGAGUUUUGGUAUUUCACAGAGCUAUCCAGGAUGACCUCUCCAACCUUCCCACCUCACCUAGGGCGAGAUUUCAGAGGUGGAUCUGGUUUAACACAGACUCACCUACCAACACACGCAGGAUAGCAGGCAUCCAAGGCCUUUUUAAUUUAACCUUGAGCUACAGGAAGGAUGCAGAUAUCCACGUUCGCUGGCGACUGACUCUCAGGAAGAACACAGAUGAAGAUUUUGUGCUACCCAAGAAGGAGCGAUUGGUUUGUUGGAUUGUGGAUAGCGAUGUCCUCAGCACAAAAUCAGGUGAGGGCUACAACUACUACAGAAAACUUAUAAAACACAUUAAGGUGGAUGUUUUUGACCGCUCCUCUGCUGAGUUCUCGAAUGAGAACUAUUUCCUGACUAUCAGCAGCUGCAAAUUCUACCUUUCCUUUGAGAAUUCAAUUCACAGAGAUUACAUCACAGAAACAUUCAAUGGACCUCUUGCGGCAGGCACUGUGCCAAUAGUUUUGGGCCCACCAAGAAGUAACUAUGAGGAUUUUGCCCCAGGUACUUCCUUUAUACAUGUAAAUGACUUUCCUGAUGCUGAAAAACUCGCUGAGUUCCUCUUGAAGCUGGAUCAAAAUAAUACGGAUUAUAUGAGAUACUUUAAUUGGCGGCCAUUCUAUACUGCCAGACGUCCUCUUACUGAGGAGAAUCAUGAGUUUACAUACGCUAUCUGCCAGGCCUGUUAUUACAUAGGCAUGAACAACAAGUACAGAGUUGUACCUGAUCUGUACAAGUGGUUGUUACUGUGA